GCGAUGACCUCAUCCCUGGUGUGGGAUGACGUCAAAUUCAAGAUGGAUGGAAUCACAGCGGCAGCGGCCGCUGCGGCGUGCGCGAGCCGAGUGUGAGCGGAAAGGGGCCCAGCGUCUGCCUCGGGGCUGAAGACCGAUAAACCCGAGCCAUGGAGGGAUUGCUGCAUUACAUCAACCCGGCGCAUGCCAUCUCCCUCCUGAGCGCCCUCAACGAGGAGCGCCUCAAAGGACAGCUUUGCGACGUGCUGCUCAUUGUCGGAGACCAGAAGUUUCGAGCUCAUAAAAAUGUCUUGGCUGCUAGCAGCGAAUACUUCCAGGGUUUAUUCACAAAUAAGGAAAAUGAGUCACAAACUGUAUUUCAGCUUGACUUUUGUGAACCAGAUGCUUUUGAUAAUGUUUUAAACUACAUUUAUUCUUCCUCUUUAUUUGUUGAGAAGAGCAGCCUUGCUGCUGUGCAAGAACUUGGCUAUAGCCUUGGGAUUUCCUUUCUUACUAACAUUGUUUCUAAAACACCACAAGCCCCUUUUCCAACGUGUCCUAAUAGAAAAAAAGUGUUUAUAGAAGAUGACGAAAACAGUUCUCAAAAGAGAAGUGUCAUUGUUUGUCAAAGUAGAAACGAAGCACAAGGAAAAACCGUUAGCCACAAUCAACCCGAUCCAAGCCAUACUUCCCGGCCCUCACCUAGCAUUGCAGUCAAGGCCAAUAUCAUUAAGCCACAUAUUCCAAAACCAAUUGAGCCACUUCACAAUUUGUCAUUAACUGAAAAGAGUUGGCCAAAAGAUAGUUCUGUGGGAUAUGCAAAGUCUCUUGAGCAUUCUGGAUCUUUGGAUGAUCCUAAUAGAAGCAGCUUGGUGAAAAGAAAUGCAGUAUUGCCUUCAAAACCUCUGCAAGACAGAGAAACUAUGGAUGAUAAACCAGGUGUAAGUGGUCAGCUUCCAAAAGGAAAAGCUAUAGAGCUAGCUUUGAAAAGACCGCAGCCACCUGUUUUGUCUCUCCGUAGCUCGUCAGAGACUCCCUAUCUAUUAAAAGAAACUAGCAAAGGAAGUGGCCAAGGUGAAGAUAGAAACUUGUUGUACUAUUCAAAGUUAGGCUUAGUGAUCCCAUCCAGUGGGGCUGGGUCUGGAAACCAAAGCAUCGACAGGAGUGGCCCACUCGUUAAGAGUCUCCUCAGACGGUCAUUGUCCAUGGAUAGCCAGGUUCCUGUCUAUUCACCCUCCAUAGAUCCAAAAUCUUCCCAGGGAUCAUCUUCGGUGUCAAAUGAUGCGCCAGGGAGUGUGUUGUGUGCUUUAUCUCAAAAGUCAUCUUUAAAAGACUGUGGUGAAAAACCAGCCCUAGAUGACAGGCCUCAGGUGCUACAGCCGCGUCGCCUCAGGUCCUUUAGCGCUUCUCAGUCGACAGACAGGGAGGGAGCCUCUCCUGUGACCGAGGUGCGCAUAAAGACCGAGCCCAGCAGCCCGCUGUCGGAUCCCUCAGACAUCAUCCGCGUCACUGUGGGAGACGCCGCGGCGGCGGCAGCCUCGUCACCGUCAGUCACAAGAGACCUGUCUCUCAAAACAGAAGACCAGAAAGACAUGAGCAGACUCCCAGCAAAAAGGAGGUUCCAAGCGGACAGAAGAUUGCCCUUUAAGAAGUUAAAGGCAAAUGAGCAGGGCUCUCCUGUGUCGGAGGACAACCUUGAGGAAGGCUCCAGCCCCACUGUCCUCGAGGCAGAUUUCCCAGAUUCUGAUUUGAAUAAAGACGAAUUUGGUGAGUUGGAGGGGACGAGACCAAACAAAAAAUUUAAAUGCAAACAUUGCCUUAAGAUCUUUAGAUCAACAGCAGGUCUUCACCGUCAUGCUAACAUGUACCAUAACCCAGAAAAGCCCUACGCUUGUGACAUCUGUCACAAGAGGUUUCACACCAACUUCAAAGUGUGGACACAUUGUCAGACCCAACACGGCAUAGUGAAGAACCCGUCACCAGCCUCUAGUUCCCAUGCUGUUUUGGAUGAAAAAUUCCAAAGAAAGCUGAUUGACAUAGUGAGAGAGAGAGAGAUUAAGAAAGCCCUGAUCAUUAAGUUAAGGCGCGGCAAGCCUGGCUUUCAGGGACAGAGUAGUUCCCAAGCACAGCAAGUCAUCAAGAGGAACUUGCGGUCUCGAGCCAAAGGAGCGUACAUUUGUACUUACUGUGGAAAAGCAUACCGCUUUCUUUCUCAAUUUAAGCAGCACAUAAAAAUGCACCCAGGAGAAAAACCCCUUGGAGUAAAUAAAGUUGCUAAGCCAAAAGAGCAUGCUCCUCUUGCAAGUCCAGUAGAGAACAAGGAGGUUUACCAGUGCCGCCUCUGUAAUGCUAAGCUCUCUUCUCUCCUAGAGCAAGGAAGCCACGAGCGGCUAUGCCGGAACGCCACCGUCUGCCCUUACUGCAGCCUCAGGUUUUUCUCGCCCGAGCUGAAGCACGAGCACGAGAGCAAGUGUGAGUAUAAGAAGCUGACGUGCCUGGAGUGCAUGCGCACCUUCAAGUCCUCCUUCAGCAUCUGGCGGCACCAGGUCGAAGUCCACAAUCAGAACAACAUGGCCCCGACCGAAAACCUCUCUCUGCCAGUUCUGGACCACAAUGGCGACGUGACUGGCUCUUCGAGGCCCCAGGCCCAGCCUGAGCCAAAUAAAGUCAACCACGUUGUCACCACAAAAGACGACAACGUGUUCAGUGAUUCUUCAGAGCAAGUUAACUUCGAUUCGGAGGAUUCCUCUUGUCUCCCUGAAGACCUUAGUCUUUCUAAGCAACUGAAAAUCCAGGUCAAGGAGGAGCCCGUGGAGGAGGCUGAGGAAGAGGCGCCCGAGGCCAGCGCAGCCCCCCGCGAAGCAGGGCCCAGUAAGGACGCCAGCCUGUGGCCCUGCGAGAAGUGCGGGAAGGUGUUCACGGCACACAAGCAGCUGGAGCGGCACCAGGAGCUUCUGUGCUCCGUGAAACCGUUCAUUUGUCACGUGUGCAACAAAGCUUUUCGCACUAACUUUCGGCUCUGGAGUCACUUCCAGUCGCACAUGUCUCAGGCUACAGAGGAAUCCGCACAUAAAGAGUCCGAAGCGUGCCCCGUUCCCACAAACUCGCCCUCACCGCCACCUCUGCCGCCACCGCCGCCGCUGCCCAAGAUCCAGCCCCUGGAGCCCGACAGCCCCACCGGCUUGUCUGAAAAUGCAACUCCGGCCACAGAGAAACUGUUUGUACCCCAAGAAUCAGAUACCCUUUUUUACCACGCCCCACCCCUCUCAGCAAUCACAUUUAAAAGACAGUUUAUGUGUAAACUUUGCCACAGGACAUUCAAGACUGCAUUUAGUCUUUGGAGUCAUGAACAAACACACAAUUGAAAGACCAACACUUUUAGCCUAUUAUGAAAUGGGGGGCAGUCUCCAGAUUUCAACCUGAAUUGUGAAAUGUGUCAUAAGAAACAAAAUAUUUUUAAAAAAUAAUAAAUGUUGAAAAUUGUUAUGCUUGAAUUUAAGUUUGAGAUAAACUGGUAUUAGUAAUGACCUUACUCAACUUCAGAAAUAAACUUUUUAAAAUAUUGUGGUCCCGGACCUUCAAGGAACAAGGUGGUUUGACCUCAUUAACGUUGAGAUCGGAUUCAUCUUCACGGUUUGCAUGGUUUCUCCUCAUUCCAUGGUGUCAGCAUAAUCAUUUAAUUGAGGUUUUCGGUUUUUUUACUGAUUUGUAAUUAGUGGAAUACUAUCAAAGUAUUUCUUCUUUUGAUUAUUUCAGACACCUAAGUUGUAGUAAAAUCUUAACCAUGUUCUUAAGUCCAAAAACAGGAAGAAGUGGAGUAGUUGGCAGUAUUGAUUUAGAUCAUAGAAUACUUUAGCAAUAAAAAAAUGAUAAACCUCAACUUUAAUAAGUUAUCCUGACACUUGAUAAAAAUAAAUAUUUGGUAUUUUGUGGUCACGUAGAACUUUUUUUGUAUGAAAAUUGUGGAGAAAUUUAAAUCAGCAAUAGUAACACUUAGAUUUUUAUAAACAAAAACUUGCUCUCUUUCUCGGUCACUUAAUGUAAUGAAUGAUGGUUAAACUCUAAGGACGGCUUGGGAGAUGGAAACAUGAUUUAUGGAAGUCCCCUGAAGUCAGUUUACUAGAGCUUGCGUACGGCCGUGCGUAAUAAAGUGCUCUGUGUGCUGCCUCACAGUGCAAGUUCAGACCAGCAGUUGGCCUCUGCUUUAUGCUGUCACAAAUUGAAAAUCUGAGUGUAGUUGGGACUAAACACCUACCAUGGCACUAAUUUUGAAUUUAACAUUAGUAUAACAAAUAAGGUAGGACAUAUAUUAAUACUUAGCUAGAUCCCAAACACUUGGAGUCAGCACAGCUGAUCUAAAAUUCUAAAUUACCAUUUACUUUCAGAGCAGAGGAGGAAAUACCACACUGCAGUUUCAACAUGCUUUUCAAGAACAAUAUAUACAUUAUACACAUUUUCCUGCCUCUCUGUCUUUUGUGACAAUUUCUGUUAGAAUCUGUUGGAGUUUAUAGUGGUUAAAAUGUCAUUAGUGAAGCCAUUCUGCUCUAAGUCAGUGCUUAAUAUUUCAUAAAUGUGGAUGAAAGCACUAUUAACGGUCCAAAAUUAGUUUUAGCUGCUUAUUUUGGUCCAUAGGUUUUGGGCUUUUUUUCUGUUAUGUGUAAGUUGUAAUUAAAAGCCUUUCAGUAGGUGUUAUCCAAGUUCAAUGCAGUGUUUCCAAAGGGAAGGUUUUUCCUUGGUCAGAUAUAUAAAAGAAAUAUUAUUAGAACUACAAAAUCUUUUCUAAGGCAGUAAUACAGAUUAAGACUCUGAGUUUUUAAUUUAUUUUUUACAAGCUGUUCUUUCAGAUUAAAGAAAAGUCAACUGUGAUUAAGAAAUUUAUGCUCUAGCAGAAAAGAAUUCUGUACCCAUCAAUCUCCUUACCAGCAUUCCAUACCAGUGGUAGGAAAGAUUCUUACUUUUUCUUAAAACACAAGCAUUUUUAUAAAAUAGUAAUUGACUUUGUACAUUAUAGAAAUUAUAUACGAAAUUUUGCCUUUUAUUCUUUCACUUGAGAAAAACAAAAGUCCCAAAAUAUUUUAGUAGUUACUUCUUCUUUUGUUCUUAGAUUUAAUGGACAAAGGAAAAUAAGAUUAAGUUACAGUUACUGAUUCUUGCCAUCUUUGUUUUCUUGAAGAAAUCUAUGCAUUUUAAAGAUAAAACGGAAGCAUAUGACCUUAUGUGAAACAUCAGGAUGGAUGGUUGUGCAUUGGACUCAUUCCCUGUAUAGUGUGGCAUUACUCUGAGCAUCUUGGUAAGCUGUCACUUCUUUAAAAGAAGACAGUUUCCCUGAGUAAUCAUCACCUACAUGGCCGUUAGAGUAUCUGUGAUAAUUCCACAAUACAAAGUAUCUUAGCAUUGUAAAUUCAAUAUCCCAUGACUUGAAUCUUUAUGCUACGUUUUCAAGAUUUUUUAAGAUAAUAUUGUUAAUUAAAAAAUAUUUUUGAUCUAAAUAUAGGCUCUGCAUAUCUGUUAGAUUUUAAAAAUUACAGUGUUUUGUCUUGUUAGCUCACAUUUUUGUCUAGGCAAGGAAAAUAAGAUUUCAAAUAAAAUUUUGAACCA